UCCGCGAGGCGGAGGAAAGAAGCAACGGCACGGAGCGCGGAGGCGUAGAGCAGUCAAUGGCGCCGGGGACGAACGACGGCGGGAAGAGAGGGUGGGAGAGGGCGGAUUAGCGGCAAGACUCCCACCAUUUCGCCCUGGUUUCAUCGCGUGAGUGGAGCUCCUCUUCCUCUGGAAUUUUUGGGCUCGAUUUGGGUGGGGCUGUUUGGAGGCCAAAGCGGCCCCGUUUCUUGGUUCCUCACUUAUUGUGGAAAUUAAAUUUGCUGGUUCCCUGCAAAUUCGUCUCAAUUUCAUUUAUACCGAACUUCCAUGCUUGGUGUUCCGUUGUUGGUUUUGUUUCCUCUUUGCUCUAUUUGAUUGCUUCUGUUUUUUCUUGGGAAAUCUAUUUUCUUCCUCCGAAUUUAACUUGGAAAGUUCAGAGCUGUCAUAUGUUCAGCCGUGUUUAGGUUCUGUCAGCUAAAACUGUUUGAUCUUCCCCACCCCUAGUGUGUCGUUUUAUUUCUCGUUUUUUGACCAAAUCGAACUGGCCAGAUAUUACUACUUCUUUGGUUCCAUUGCUAUUUGGUUUGUUUACGUUCUUGUAACCUUUCAUUCAAGCCUCUUUGUGUUUUUGCAUCGUGUCACGAACAAUUGCUUCUUUCCUUCUUGUCUAUUACGGCGUAUAAAGAAAUUACAGUCUUGCUCUGAGAUAUUGCUGUGGUUUUUAGUAGUACUUUAAUGCUAUGUACUUGCGACAAUAGCAAUGACACGCUUCUCAGUUUUGAAGUAGUACUGCAACAAUAUGAUCUUGAGGUAGUACUGAUAACUGAUAUGUGCAGGCUAACUGAUAUUUGCAAACAGAAGGUAAUAGUUACGGUCACAGACUUAAGAUUACUGGUUUAGUAGUUAUCACCAACCUGUGUUCAUGAAUGCACAGGAUUAUCACCAGCCUAUGUUCCGUACAUUGAAGUGUACUUGGCGCUUGUUGUCUGUCUCUGCGUGUCAAGUAUAUGAACUAUGGCUAUUUCUGCUCUACGUAGUAGUCAGUUCAUCAGGUUGGCUAUCGAGCCAAAUCUGAGUUUAGUGGAGCUUCGAUCGAAAUUGAUUCACUCUGAGUAAGUAUCCUAUUAUAUUAACUAUAAGAGUCAAUAAAGCUUCCUUUAUCGAAAACAAUCCUAUUAUAUAUAAUUUAGAAGCAACUUUGAUAUCCAGCGAACCACUCGAGGUAAGCUGAGCCUGAGCACAAUUUGUUCUUAUGAAAUCGACUCAUUUCAAUUUUGAACCACUUUUGGGUGCAAUGAAGUAAUUUAGAGCUGAGCCCACGAGCCAAUUAAUUAUCCUUCUUUUGGUAGCCUGCAAUUGAGACAGUUUUAGGAAAAUAACGCUACUAAAAUCAUGAUUUUUCCAAAAUGAAAGAAUUUCCCAUGAACUCCUCAUGUUUAAUAAACAAAGCGUUUUUUAGUUACAUAAUAGAUCCAAUUUUUGCAAAUAAACCAGUUAGAGCACCAAAGAACAUUACAUCUGGAUAUUUGAAAAGUUAAACAGGAAAUAGCCCUGUAACAAUAGUAUGCUGGGUAAUUUGUUUUUUACACCUGGCUCUCCUGAUACUGAUUAAAGAUACAAUUAUCAGAAAAUAUAUCUUCCAGACAUGAUUUACAAAUUUCUGUUUGUUCCGUUCAGUUAUGCAUUUGCUCGGCCCCUGUGGUGCUUAAUUUGGUGAAAAAUGUGUUUGUCAGUGUUAGGAAUAGCAACUUGUAUGGGAUAUUACAUAGACUCAAAAUAUAUCUCUAACAGUUAGAACUUCUAAUAAUGUGUAACUACUGAUUGAUACAGAGACUUCUGUUGUGCAUGACCGAUUGACCCUCUUGAUCACGUUGGUUACAUCUGUCAUAUGUGUGCUUUUUGUUAAUCCAUAUGCUUUCCAAUUGCAGCACAUUUUCUAAGAGGUUAUUCAGGUUUUCCACACAUGUGAUUGACCCUAUUGUUUUGAUCAAGAGUGGUGUCAUGGUUGAAAGGAUAUAGUUUCUUAUUGUGAAUGUCCACAAUUGAAGGUUAUAUAUAUUUUUUGAACUAUCCAUUAUGAGAAUGGCCUGGUUGAAAGACAAAUUCGAAAUGCAUAAGCUCCACUGGUACAUUAGAUCCCCUACUCCAUCAGAGUUUUGGAUAUCAGUCGUUGCUUGCUUCACUGUUAGUUUAGUUGGUCUUUGGACAUUUUUGUACUUCUUUUCACUGUGGCGGCGAAAGAUCAGUAUAAGCUGGAUGAAAAUGAUUGCCAGAUCGAAGAGGAGGAAUAUUGAAAGAAACCACAAGGUUCCUACUUCUGAACAUGUUUGGAGUACAGAAUCUUUGUUUCGUGCAAAAGGGCUGAGGUGCUGUGUAUGCUUGGAAUCUAUUUCACCUGCCCAGCCCCUUGGGCAAAUGAUGAUGUCAGAAAAUUUGGUUCACCGUUGCAAUGUUUGUGGUGCAGCUGCACACAUAAUCUGCUCUUCGAAUUCUCAGGACUGUAAAUGUGUCUCAAUGUUUGGGUCCAAACAUGUGAUCCAUCAAUGGACUGUAGUCUGGACAGAUAGAGCUGAUCAAUCUGAAGAAGGUCAGUAUUGUUGUUACUGUGAGGAGCCAUGCAGUGAAUCUUUUCUUGGAAGUCCUCCCAUAUACUGCUGCAUGUGGUGCCAACGAUUGGUGCAUGUUGAUUGCCAGUCAGCCAUGGCUACUGAAACAGGUGAUAUUUGUGACCUUGGCCUGUUCAAGCGCCUUAUUCUUUCGCCACUUUUUAUCAGGACUAUGAGCAAAUCUGGUGGCAUCUUAAGUUCUAUAACUCAUGGAGCAAAUGAAUUUGCAUCCACUGUGCGAGGACACCUUAGGAGCCGAAGCAAAAAGCAGAAGCAUCCCAACAGAUUGCCUUCUGACUCUACCCUUGGUGACAGUAACGAUGAUUCAUCAAGUGACACCACGUUGAAUUUUAACCAGAGGGCUAAGGAUUUAAAAGCAACUGGGGUCAGUCCUCAGAGGAGUGCUGAGAGUGAGCAUGAUAGCAGUGAGAGUGAUUGUAGAGAACUCAUAUCAGAGCCCAGAAGGUUCAGUAAUGAUGAGACUGGUGGAGCUAAACUUACGUACGCAUUGUCUCACAUGCCUGCUGAUGCCAGACCUCUUCUUGUUUUUAUCAACAAGAGAAGUGGGGCACAGCGCGGAGAUUCACUCAAGCACAGGCUACAUUUUCUUUUGAAUCCAGUGCAGGUGUUCGAGUUGAGUUCAUCGCAGGGGCCAGAAACAGGCCUAUUUUUGUUCAGAAAGGUAUCACAUUUCAGAAUACUUGUGUGUGGUGGCGAUGGUACUGUUGGUUGGCUUCUUGAUGCGAUAGAUAGGCAAAAUUAUGAAUCACCCCCGCCUGUUGCAAUUCUUCCAGCUGGCACUGGCAAUGAUCUUUCAAGAGUUCUAUCAUGGGGAGGUGGCCUAGGUGCUGUUGAGAAGCAAGGUGGUCUUUGCACAGUUUUACAUGACAUAGAACAUGCAGCAGUCACCAUCCUGGAUAGAUGGAAGGUGACAGUACAAGAUAAGAAAUCAAAGAAUGUACUUCUAGUGAAGUACAUGAACAACUAUCUAGGUAUUGGUUGUGAUGCAAAGGUUGCACUUGACAUUCAUAAUCUCCGCGAAGAAAAUCCUGAAAAGUUCUAUAGUCAGGACUCAGAAGGUGUCCUUGUUGCAAACAUCCCAAGCUAUAUGGGAGGGGUUGACUUGUGGCAGGAUGAGGAUGAGAAUCCUGAAAACUUUGACCCACAGUCAAUUCAUGAUAAGAUGCUUGAAGUGGUUAGUAUUACAGGAACAUGGCAUCUGGGAACACUUCAGUUUGGACUUUCUCGGGCACGGAGGAUUGCUCAAGGUCAGACGAUCAAGAUACGAAUGUUUGCUCCUUUACCAGUUCAAGUGGACGGCGAACCUUGGGUCCAGAACCCUUGCACGCUGAAGAUAUCCCACCAUGGGCAGGCUUUCAUGUUGAGAAGGACGAUUGAAGAGUCUCUUGGUCAGGCUGCUGCGAUUGUGACCGACGUGCUUGAACAUGCCGAAUCCAGUCACGUAAUCACCGCUUCCCAGAAGAGAGCCCUCCUCCAAGAAAUGGCUCUAAGGCUGUCAUGAAUCCUUGCUCAUUUGCACGUCGCGAAGUACUUCCAGCGUGGUGAACCGCCUUGCACUGUAUUGAGCCUUCUGUUGGCGGAGCUGAUAAUGCCGCUUGGAAGCAGUGGUGCCAUAAUUUAGCAACAACCCCUCCUAUCUCUCGUCGCAGCAAGCAUAUGGAUGUAACCAAGCAGACAUGUCUACAUGCAGUCAUGCGCAGGAGGUUGUUGUUAUCUAUUUGUAUUCCUCUGCGUAAUAUCCUGUUUAUAAGGGGUUUCUUAUAUUUUGUUA